CCGCGUUACCCUCGUCGCCCUCUUCCUCCUCCUCCUCCUCCUCAUCAUGUGGCUGGGCCCCGAGGAAGUCCUGCUGGCCAACGCGCUGUGGGUGACCGAGAGGGCCAACCCCUUUUUUCUCUUGCAGCGGCGGCGGGGCCACGGCAAGGGGGGCGGCCUGACGGGAUUGCUUGUGGGAACAUUAGAUGUUGUUUUGGACUCCAGUGCUAGAGUUGCUCCUUACAGGAUUUUACACCAAACACAAGAUUCUCAGAUUUAUUGGGCAGUAGCAUGUGGUUCAACACGCAAAGAAAUCACGAAACACUGGGAAUGGUUAGAGAAUAACUUGCUGCAGACUCUUGCCAUCUUUGACAAUGAAGAAGAUAUCACGACUUUUGUCAAGGGCAAGAUACAUGGCAUAAUUGCUGAGGAGAAUAAGAAUCAGCAGCCUCAGGGAGAAGAAGAUCCUGGUAAAUUUAAAGAAGCAGAACUGAAAAUGCGUAAACAGUUUGGAAUGCCUGAAGUUGAGAAACUAGUCAAUUACUACUCCUGCAGCUACUGGAAAGGACGUGUGCCUAGACAAGGCUGGCUGUAUCUGACUGUUAACCACCUUUGUUUCUAUUCCUUCCUUUUGGGCAAAGAAGUGACUCUAAUAAUUCAGUGGGUAGAUGUAACACAAUUGGAGAAGAAUGCCACUCUUCUCUUCCCUGAAUGCAUCAAAGUGAGUACUAGGGACAGUGAAUUCUACUUUUCAAUGUUCCUCAACAUCAACGAAACCUUCAAGUUAAUGGAACAGCUGGCUAAUAUUGCCAUGCGGCAACUAUUUGACAAUAAAGGGUUCACAGAGGACAUGUUACUUCCCAAGCCCAGCAAGCCUCUCAAGAAUAUCUCGGCACUCAAAAGAGAUUUGGAUGCACGAGCUAAAAAUGAGUGGUACAGGGCUACUUUUCGCCUCCCCAAAGAUGAACGGCUUGAUGGACAUACAGACUGUACUUUAUGGACCCCAUUCAACAAAAUUCAUAUUCUUGGCCAAAUGUUUGUUUCCAACAACUAUAUUUGUUUUGCUAGCAAGGCAGAGGAGGCUUGUCAUCUCAUAAUACCCCUCAGGGAGGUCACAAUUGUUGAGAAAGCUGACAGUUCCAGUGUCUUGCCUAGCCCGCUCUCCAUUAGCACCAAAAGCAAAAUGACUUUCCUUUUUGCCAACUUGAAAGAUCGGGAUUUCCUGGUACAGAGAAUUUCUGAUUUCCUGCAGAAGACGCCAUCAAAGCAGUCAUGUAACAAUGGCAGAGGGCGGAAGAAGAGUGACCAUACACAGGAGGUAUUAGAAACGAACUCUGACAGGGAAACUCCAGAACUGUCUCCCAGUGGUGCACUUUCAGCCAGUCCUUCCUCUCCUCUCAACAAUCAGCUGGUCAAUUUUUGCACUGAUAACGUUCCAACAGCAUCCAAGGGACUGCUUAAACUGUUUGGGUCCAACUCUGAUGAAAUUCUUGGAUCAAAAGGGGCAAAGGAAACAAUGAAAGAGGAGUCGUGGAACAUUCAUUUCUUUGAAUAUGGGAGGGGGAUGUGUAUGUAUCGAACAGCCAAGACCCGUGAGCUGGUAUUAAAAGGGAUUCCGGAGAAUCUUCGUGGAGAGCUAUGGCUCCUGUUUUCAGGAGCCUCGAACGAGAUGGCCACUCACCCUGGAUACUAUGCAGACUUGGUGGAACAGUCGAUGGGGAAGUAUAACUUGGCCACAGAAGAAAUUGAAAGGGACUUGCAUCGUUCAAUGCCAGAGCACCCAGCCUUUCAGAAUGAGCUGGGGAUUGCUGCACUUCGAAGGGUGCUAACGGCAUAUGCUUUUCGGAAUCCCACAAUUGGCUACUGCCAGGCUAUGAACAUUGUGACAUCUGUACUACUACUGUAUUGUAAUGAGGAAGAAGCUUUCUGGCUCCUUGUGGCCCUGUGUGAGAGGAUGCUGCCAGAUUACUAUAACACCAGAGUGGUUGGCGCACUGGUAGACCAGGGCAUCUUUGAAGACCUAACACGGGAUUGUCUUCCUCAGCUGUCUGAGAAAAUGCAAGAUUUGGGAGUCAUUUCCAGUAUCUCUCUCUCCUGGUUCCUUACUCUCUUCCUCAGUGUCAUGCCUUUUGAAAGUGCUGUGGUCAUUGUUGACUGCUUCUUCUAUGAAGGCAUCAAGGUCAUCUUGCAGGUGUCUCUGGCCAUCUUGGAUGCCAACAUGGAGAAGCUCCUAAAUUGCUCUGAUGAAGGCGAGGCCAUGACUGUCUUGGGAAGAUACCUGGACAAUGUAGUUAAUCGACAGAGUGUUUUUCCACGUAUCCCCCAUCUCCAUGCCUUACUGACAAGUGGGGAUGAUCCACCAGAGGAAAUUGAUAUAUUUGAACUUAUAAAAACAGCAUAUGAGAAAUUUGGCCAUUUGAAAGCAGAUGAAAUUGAGCAAAUGCGCUUUAAGCAAAGAUUGAAGGUGAUCCAUUCUUUGGAAGACACAGCUAAGAGAAGUGUGGUCCGAGCCAUAUCUUGUGACAUUGGCUUUUCUAUGCAAGAAUUAGAAGACCUUUAUGUGGUAUUUAAGGCAAAACACCUAAUGAGUUGUUACUGGGGAAAUCACACUGCAGCUGCUCACCGAGACCAGAGCCUUCCCUAUUUAGAACAGUACCGCAUCAAUAUGGAGCAGUUCAAAGAUUUAUUUGCUUCUCUGACUCCUUGGUCCUGUGGCCUCCACACACCAGUGCUAGCGGAAAGAAUGUUUCGAAUGUUGGAUGAGAACAAGGAUGGGCUUAUUAAUUUCAAGGAGUUUGCAACAGGGAUGAGUGGCAUGUAUCAUGGUGAUCUGACUGAGAAGCUAAAACUUCUUUACAAACUACAUCUACCUCCAGCUCUGAGCUCAGAGGAAGCAGAAUCUGCUCUAGAGGCUGCAACGUAUUUCACAGAGGACAACACCACAGAAGUAUCUCCUUUUGUCUCAGAACUGGAUCUCUUCCUGCAGUGUGAUUCUCAAGAAGCAACUGUAGAAGAAGACAAAGCAGCAAGAGAAGGGAACUCCAAAAACCAAGAAGAGAAGGGUACUAGCCCCCAAGAUUACAGAUACCACCUGCGAAUGUGGGCAAAGGAAAAAGAUUCCAAAAAGGAAACUAUCAAAGAUCUUCCAAAAAUGAGUCAGGAGCAAUUUAUAGAGCUAUGCAAGACACUUUACAACAUGUUUAGUGAAGAUCCUGUAGAGCAAGACCUGUACCACGCCAUUGCCACCGUUGCCAGCCUCCUCCUGCGCAUUGGGGAAGUAGGAAAAAAGUUUUCCCACCACCCGGUUAAGAAGGCUGAUGAUCUCAAAGCAAACAGCACUCAGGACCCAGUUGGUGAAGCAGAGUCUCCAACGUCUGAUGAGAGUCAGAAUUCAACUGUGGAGCAGCAUUCCCAAGUUGUUCCAGAAGACAAAGCUUCUGGAGAUGUUCAAGCUGAAAAACACCAACAAGAAAAUCAGAUGUUUGUGGAUGGAGGUGGUGAGGGUCCAGGAUCCCCCAUUCAGCUGUUUUCAGAUGAUGAAACUAAAGACGAUAUGUCCAUGUCUUCGUACUCUAUGGUCAGCACAGGUUCCCUUCAGUGUGAAGAUAUUGCAGAUGAUACAGUGCUGGUUGGUUGUGAGGCAGGCAGUUCAGCUGCACGAUACGGCAGCACCAUUGACACAGACUGGUCCAUCUCCUUUGAACAGAUCUUAGCUUCCAUACUUACGGAGACAGUCCUAGUAAACUACUUUGAAAAGAAAGUUGACAUUACACAAAAGAUCAAGGAACAAAAGAAAGUGGAAAGGCAGUUCAGUUCCUCCAGUGAUUAUGAACUUUCCACAGUGUCAGGUUGAAUUCAAGAGAAUAAAGCAAAACUUUGGUACUAGAGGCUGGAGGUUUAAAACCUAGCAAAUGUCUGGGCAAUUUUUUCUUUUGUUUGUUUUUUUAACUAGCACCUAUAACUACCCAUUAAUUAAAGUAGCUUCAGCAGAGUAAAGGGUUUAUCACUGUGACUCUUUGACAUGGUUAUCUCUCUGGAGGACACCUUGUUUGCUUGGUUUGCAUUACAUUCUCAAAAGCAUGAAAGCCUAGAAGCUAAUAGCCUCUGCGGCCUAUAAUUACUGCAGUAAAUUAUGCAUGUGUGCCUUUGUCUUUUUUUUCUUUCUUUAGUGAAGCUACAUUUCAGUCACACUAUGUGAUAAUUUCAUAUGUUUUAGAUUCCUCUGUAGUUAUUCACAGGAACGCAGCCCAGCUUGAAUUUUUUCCUCUUCAGUCUUUUGGCCGCUGCUCUGCAACCCAAUAUAUUAACAUGCUCUAGAGAUCCCGUCUGCCUAAGAGAAUCUUGUUAGGAAUCUAGAUGCUAUGCAGUAACGUCUCAUAUGUAAAGAUGUUGUAUUCUCUUGUUCUUGACAACUUACAGCCAGAAUGCACCAGGAUCUUAGGAUAGUUUUUAUGCCAAGUGAUCCCUAAGCAUGUGAUUUUUCAAAACCUGAGUUAACAUGCAUACUAAUACCACUUAGGCCAGUUUUAAUUCAUCAAUGCCAUGCAGUUGUUUUAAUUUCCCAGAAAGAAGCACUGAGGAUUGCAGUACCCAUGGAUACUGGGCAUAACAUGAGUUAAAUGUAACAAUAUUGAGACUCAAGAGGCAGUGAUAACUCUUGCAACUCUAAGUGUAAUUACAUUCUUCAUAAUUGUACAUGGUACAAUGGCUCUAAGAGAAUCUCAGUAUAUUUGGAAUUUGAAGAUAUUAAUGAGAAGACUCUUAAGCUAAUAUUCCAGUCCACUAGUUACCUUUAAACGGUUGCAUCAUUGGAGAUUUUGCCUAAUUGAUCUGUUCCUCACCAUGAUCAGAAGUCAGUCUAUAGGUGUUGGGUUUUUUAUGUGCUAGACUUAGCUGUACCUCCACAGCCUAAUGCGGAUAUGCACACAGUUUAGGGUUGGUCUAGUUUGAUUAAUCAUGUGUCCUGUUUACCUGAAUCAACUAAUCUGCUGACUACAUCAUGGUUCAAAUGUUGUGCAUCAUAGGGGUCUCACUGUCGUACUACAAUUCAGUUUCUGUAACAUGCUUUAACAUUAUGUGAUGUUUAGACCAUCUUGUAUUGUAGCUGUACAGAAUGUACAGUUAUGGGACCUGCCCUCUGCAAAUCAGUGGUGGACCAGAGGAAAAUUGGAGCCCCAUUUUGGGAUUGGUAGCUUCCCUAUGGGAACUUCUUUACUCUCCAAAAUCAUUAUUUUAUUUGUUUAUAUUUGUAUACAUGUUCAUUACACAAGUGUAUUAUUCAUUCACAUGAAGGUAAUUGAAUCUGUGUGAAUGCUAAUGUGGUACAAUGAGUACGAGUGUCAUUGUUGGUUUAGAAAGAAAAAAGUCUGAAGAAAUUUGAGUAGAUGUACACAGGGGAUGCAUCUCUUGGUGCAAUCCAGUGUGUUAUUUUGAUUGUGUGGCACAUUAUCAGUGUUCAAGUCUCUGCCUCCUCAUUACCUGCACCCAGAAAGUGAGCAACAGAAACUCACUUUUACUAAUUCUCCCGUAAUUUAUUGUACUUUUAAAAGAUACAAAUCCAUGUGAUUUUACAUCAUUUUUGUCUGCUUGAUCACGUAAGUAUUCAAUAAAAUGACCAGAAUGAUAUAUAG